UCUUGGCAGCAGGUGAGGUCAAAUGCAGAGGAAAGGAGCGGAAGAGCGUUGCUUACAGGUGGAUUUAAAUAUUUUCGCUAAAAAAAGAACAAAUGGACGAUAACAAAACGGCACUGGUCGAGAGCCUCAUCAUAUGGCUGCAGACCUUUAACACUCCUGCACCCUGCAGAACAGUAGAGGAGCUGACCACUGGAGCAGCAAUUUCACAGGCACUGCAUCAGAUAGACCCAGCGUGGUUCACUGAUGGAUGGCUCGGUCGUAUCAAAGCAGAUGUUGAGGACAACUGGAGACUGAAGAUGAACAACCUGAAGAAGAUCCUUCAGAUGGUGCUUGAUUAUUACAAUGAGGUCUUAGGCCAAGAGAUCUCAGACUUUCCCUUGCCGGAUGUGGCCCUGGUGGCAGAGCAUUCAGAUCCUGUGGAGCUGGGGAGGCUGCUGCAGCUCAUACUGGGCUGUGCUGUCAGAUGUGAGCGUAAACAAGAAUACAUUCAGAUCAUCAUGACUUUGGAGGAGUCUGUGCAGCAUGUUGUCAUGACAGCCAUCCAGGAGCUCAUGAGUAAAGAGACAGUGGCCCCAUUUGGAGCAGAGCUGUCAGGGGACUUGGAACAGCAGUUAAAAAAAGCCCUUGAGGACCUUGCUGAACUUUUAACUGAGAAGGAAGCAUUGGCCCAACGUUGUCAAGAGCUGGACAUACAGGUGGCUGUUCUGCAAGAAGAACGAAACAGCUUAUUGGCUGAAAAUGAUGUCCUAACUGACCGGGCCAAUCAGCUCGACACGUUCGAUGACCCCAGCACACCCUCAGGAAGAAAACACAGCCAGUUACAGCAACAGCUGGAGACACUACAGGAGGAGAACUUCAGGCUGGAGGCUGCUAAAGAUGACUACCGCAUCCACUGUGAGGAGUUGGAGAAGCAGCUGAUCGAGGUUCAGCACCGUAACGACGAGCUCACCAGCCUGGCGGAAGAAUCUCGAGCCCUCAAAGACGAACUGGAUGUUCUGAGGAACUGCUCAGAUCGAGUGGUGAUGCUGGAGGCCUCCGUGGAAACGUACAAGCGUAAACUGGAGAAUCUGGGUGAUCUGAAGAGGCAGAUGAAGCUGCUGGAGGAGAAUAACAUGACGUACAUGCAGAACACUGUCAGCUUGGAGGAAGAGCUACGCAAGGCCAACGCUGCUCGCGCACAACUCGAAACAUACAAGAGACAGGUCCAGGAGCUACACAGGAAGUUGUCUGAGGAGACGAGGCGAGCAGACAACCUCGCCUUUGAGAUGAAAAAGCUGGAGGAGAAGCACGAAACCGUGAUGAAGGAGAAAGAGAGGAUCAUCAUCGAAAGAGAUUCUCUUAAGGAGAUCAAUGAGGAGCUGUGCUGCACUCAGGCUCAACAACACCAGCUCUCUCAAGCAGGUGUGCUUCCUUCUGGCAGCCCCAGCCACGAUAACCUGGCAGCUGAAUUAUUACCCAUGGAGUACAGAGAAAAGUUCAUCAGGCUGCAGCAUGAGAACAAGAUGCUGAGGGUGCAGAAGGAGGAAUAUGAGCGGGAGAGGAUCGCUGCUCUGCAGGCUCAGCUGGAGGAAGCGCACAAGACACGCAGUGAACUGGACACUGAGAACAGGUUGAGCCGAGAGCGGAUCAGUGAGCUGCAGCAGCAGGUGGAGGACCUCCAGAAGGCUCUGCAGAGUCAGGCGGCCAAACCCGAUGAUUCAAACCUGAAGCGGAAACUUGAUGCACACAUGGUCCAGCUGAACGAGGCUCAGGAUGAAAUCAUGAAGAAGAAAGAGCUGCUGGAGGACCUUCAGCCUGACAACACUCAGACCUCCUUGAAGGUGGAUGAGCUGAUGGCCGCUCUGAAGAAGAAGGACGAUGACAUGAGGGCCAUGGAAGAGAGGUACAAAAUGUACCUGGAGAAAGCUCGCAAUGUGAUCCGAGCCCUGGACCCUAAACUGAAUCCAGCCACCGCUGAGAUCCAGGCUCUGAGGAACCAGCUGGCAGAUCGGGACAAGCAGAUUCUCAGCCUGGAGCGUCAAUGUGAGCAGGCCAGGCUGAGAGAGUACGAGGAGAAGCUGAUUGUCACAGCAUGGUAUAACAAGAGUCUGAGCUUUCAGAAGUUGGCCAUUGAAUCACGCCUCGGCGGCCGUACCUCCUCCAUGCUGUCACCCGGCCAGUCCUUCUUGUCCCAGCAGCGGCAAGUCUCAAACGCCCCACGCCGGGCGCUUUCCAUCAACGUGCCUGCCGCUACCUCCAAAUAGACUUCGUCACGGAGCCAAAUGUCUCACCUUUAUUCAGCGAAGGGGGAAAUACCCUCCCUCUCUCCUUCCCACAAAUGAGCACUCAAGUGACCUUAAACACAUCUGCUCUCAGCGCUCGGGGAGGGGGUCACAGAUGAGCUGACUGGGAUUGGUGAGCACUUAUUUAUCAAACACAACCCUGUAAGUCACCCACCUGCGGUUAUAACAUACUGCCCCACAACACGCUGGCUACAACAGGCCUUGCAUAGAGCAUUAAGCCACAACCUGUGUUCCCCUCACUAGCUAAAGUAGCGUGCACUGUCCCUACCAGAGACUUAGAGCAUCCUUUAUACGGCUCCUUGCUUUUGCAUUGCAGACUGCAGACCCAGCUGAGCACUUGAUAUAAUCAGUUUAGCCUUUGCUCUCUUAUAUCCUGUCACACUUGGUGAGGAAUGAGAGAAAUUUACACGAAUGCUUAACGGUUUUGUUCAAAAUUGGGGCCUGUAAAAUAUAUGAAUGUGAUUUUUUUAAACACUAAAUGUAACUUCGGAUUAUUGCUGAUGUAUGUACAACUGGACCACCAUACUAUGCAGGGAAGGGUGUACUGAUGUUGUCAUCCAGCAGACUGAUAAAAGAACUAAUAGGCUUUAGAUGUCUUUAAGAAAAUGAUCGUUAUAUUUUGGUGCUGGCCACCAACUGCGUUUAAACAUCAAACAUCAGUCACUUACAAUUUUUUUUUUUUUUUUUUUCCCCCAAAAAUGGAACAAGCCCGUCGUGUAAAGCUGUGAAAAUCCUACAAGUCAUUGUAAGCGAUCAACCUCAGAGGUGCUGCAACAGCAGAUUUUACUAAAUAAAUCCAGGACUAGUGUAUUUCUCAUGUAUUUAAGCUUUAUUUAACUAGUGGCAGCAUGCUCUAAAUGAAAACUGGCAGGCCUUUCUAUUCACUAAAUAUGUUGGAUGUUACAUAGAGGUGAGUAAUCGAGGCUGUAAUCUAUGAAGUUGUACAGCUGUAAUGUAAACAUGAUUUUAACACCAGCUUUUGAUCCAGAUGUUGGGACCAGGUUCAGCAUUCACACAGUACCUGCAAAUUGUAACUUGAAAAUUUUGACAACUGUGGUCGAUAUUAUAUUUAAUCACGAACGUGUUUUCAGGAUGCGUAGUUCAGAGUGAAGAGCACUGUAGAGAAGCAGUCGCUCUCUUUUAUAUUGUGGGUUGUUGGCUGCCUGAUCUUAUGGAGUCUUUAAGUUAAACUGAAGUAGUUUCGUAACAUAAAAAUGGCUGUUGAUUGCUUUGUUACUCUGUAUGUUUGCAAUAACACUAAAGGGGGCAUUCUGUUGUUGUGGUUUUGCCACUUGUGAUCUGCAGCGCUUUUGUUUUCAUUUGCAGUGGAUGAUUCUUGUAGAUUGCUGAUUUAAAAGCUGUGACAUUUAUAUAAAAAUAAGAAGUACAAUCAAACGUAGCACAGCACGGAAACGACAUGUGUAGUGUCAUAUGUUUGUGUAUAAAUGUAAAAGCAGAAGAGUGAGGAAGAUAAUAUGGAUUUUCAGGAAUUUAAGGA